UGUAUCUCCAACGGAAUCAAAUCAACUUAAGACAACAUGAACUGCUUGGCCUUUGUAGCUUUCUUCGCUGCUGUAGCAGCCACCUAUGCUGCUCCUUCAGCCACCAUCGUGCAAGGACCUAGUGCCAGAUCUACUUUGGUAGGUGCUGACGGUAGCGUGAUCUCCUCUGUAGCACCAGGAGCUUCAAUCGUUGCCGAAGAACACCCAGGAGUAAUUGCCCAUACCGCCCCAGUAGUUGCUCAUGCCCCAGCCGUAGUCUCAGCUUACUCUGCAUACAAUGCUCCAUUGGCCUACUCUUCCCCUCUUGUAUCAGCUUACUCUCAUCCCGUCGUCUCAGCUUACUCUGCUCCAGUAUUAUCAGCUUAUUCUGCUCCAGUAGUAUCAGCAUAUUCCGCUCCAGUAGUAUCUGCUUAUGCAGCUCCAGUUGUCGGACACAGUUCCAUUGACACGGUUGUAGCCGGACCCUCUGGAACCAUUGCCACCUCCAGGCAUGGUGCUGGUGUUGUUUCAGCUCACGGACUUUAUCUUUAAGUAUUUGUAAAUAUUUGUAUUAUUAUUGUAAAAGAGUAAAUAUA